AUUUUUGGCAGCGCGGCUAAACGCACUCGACGCUCGACGUGCGAUUCGAUUGGUCGUUCUCGAGACGCCGUCCAUCAAGCCGCUCAGCUUCCUUCAAGACUCGCCCACACCUCGCGAGGUGCAUCUGCAAGUCAGACUUGUCCUUCUCGCACUCUCACUGGUCGCUUUCUCCUCUUCAAUCCGCGCGCCAAAAAUGUGGUGAGGAGACGUGCUGCUUAUCCAACCUCACUUUCUCCUAGGAUCGCCAGACGCUCUCUACCCAUCUAAUCUUGCACCGCUGUCUGUGCAGCAUUUGCCGCCCGCGAGAUCUGGAAUCUCACCACUAAUAGCCCUUCCUGGUGAAGGCACGUCGGUCCUUAAUUGCCAAUUGGCACCACGAAACUACAUAUUUUGAUGCCCAGAAAGAAAUCAGAAGACCCCAUGGCCCUCAUUUCUGGAAGCGAAGAAAAGUAAACGAGCGUUCUGUACUAAAGACGAACACCUCGACCUCAGAUUCACACCGCAGUUCGUCGCCUGUCAAAGCAACAUCCGAGAUGUCGCACGCGGACGAGCAAACGAAGCAAUUACCACACCCAGUGUCGUCAGACACACACAGUAUCUACCAGCAUUCACAUGACUAUGAUGGCUUCAUUAGGAAGUUUCAUAAUCACAACCUGAGUGACUCCACCAACAUGACUGGUUCGAACGAGUCAUCACCCACAACGACCAUUUCGACCGUAGACGACUCCAGCGCCACAGAGCCCUCACCUGGUUCGUCACCUGAGUCGCCACCUCCGACCACCUUUACAGUAGGCAUGCUGAGACCACGUACCGCCGACGAGCGGAGUGCGCCUUUCUUCGAGCUUCAGAAACAGCCACCACCAAGAAAGGGCCGCAAUCUCAAGAAUCUUGCUGUGGUCACGUCGAGACACCCGGCAAGAGCCGCAUCUACGACCAGUUUGCCCUUACAAGCUCAGCCAGAGGCAGCGAUUCUAUCUCCAUCCUUCGUCAAACCGCCAACGCCGCCUCGUCGAAAACCGAGCAAUCUUGGUCUUACGUUGUUGACUCCCGGAGGAAGCAAGCCAGCACCAGUGCCUGCAACCCCUGGAUUUGCGCGACCUGGCACUUUACGCCAUUUCCAAUCAUCUCCGUCCCUACCUUUGGUACCGGGCCUUUCUUUGCCGCAUGGCAGUAGCGCUGAAUUCCGGAAACAGCGCACAUUGGAGACGAUAUUGUCCCCCGUGGAGAUUGUUACAGAGUCCCCUCCGAUCCCGGAGCGAGAAGACGAAGAUGAAGAGCAAAAUUUCGAUGUGCCCCUAUCGCGCGAGGAGAAACCGGAAGCGUAUCCGGACGGACCAAUCUGUGUUUACGAUCCUCACAUUGAUCUCUAUCUGGAACCUACUGCCGAACAAGCGCGGCAGUACGAUGUCGUCAUGAAUGUGGCCAGCGAAGUCCGGAACCCGCUGGUGAACAAUGAGGACUCGACGUGCCCAGAACCCGAUUUGCGCAUAGAUGGUGGGGGCGGAAUUCAAUUUAAGCCAAGGCAAGAUCGAGAUCAUCUCGUUGUGCGGAAAACGAAUCCUCAAGAGUCAAAGGACACCGAUGCAUCUCCAACCACGCCCAAGGCAUCACCAUCAAAUGCAUCAUUCGCCGAAAGCGGAAGCGCUCCACAAGAGCCCGAAUACAUUCACGUGAAAUGGGAACACAACAGUGACAUUGUGCCUGAUCUCUUGCGGUUGUGCAAGCUUAUCGACGACAGAGUGACCGAGGGCAAGCGCGUGCUAAUUCACUGCCAAUGUGGAGUAUCACGAUCAGCAAGUCUGGUGGUCGCCUAUGGCCUGUACAAAAACCCCUCCAUGAGCGUUCAGGAAGCAUACGAUGCUGUCAAGCGAAGAAGCAAAUGGAUCGGACCAAACAUGAAUCUCAUCAUGCAGCUUCAGGAGUUUCGCUCCAGCCUUGCUCGUGGCGGCCUGCUGACAGCACGCAGCACACUGAGCCCACUCACACCAGGAUCGGCGUUGAGUGAAUGGAGUGGGCCAUUCUCCUCACGGUCACCCGAACUCCUUGACGAACCUCGCUCUGCCGUCGACCGCUCUCCAACUCGUGGAGCUGGCGGCGCUGACGAAGCAGUCAGUCCUGGCCCUUCCUCUGCACCUUCAGGCUUCCCGUGGCCAUUAUCUGAUAAGCCGGUUGCAUCCAACGGAGGCCAGUUGAGCACUACUGCAGCCCAUACGGGACCUUUCGUUGACCCUUCCGGCCAUGUCGUACCCGUGAUCGCCCUGUCAGAUCCUGCAGCUGUCGAAACCGUUCCAGGUCAGCGACUGUCACGACAUAUCACGCUCCCUGCGCCUGCGCCCGUCCUGGCUCCGUUACCUCAAAUCACCUCACCCAGGUCUACGGAAUUUGCGAUGGCGCCCAUUCGCCCGUCAGAACAGGUUGACCCUGGGGACGACUUUGGAAUCAUGUCGCCGACAUCUACGGAGUUCGUAGCAAAUCCAUUCGACAGAUCCGCACUGCUAGCCAGCUUGGGCAUGGGCACUAUGCGCGCGGAUGAGGAGACUCCCCGAAGAUCGUUAUCGUUGCGAAAUCGCGACAAUCGCCACUUGCCGCCUCCAUCCAAGCCUGAGCGCACACUUCGAGGCAAGAUCUCUUCGCCAUCCUUACGCGAGCAGCAACGGCUGCGCGAGUUGCAGGCCCAGAUUGAGGCCAACUUACAUAUUCGCGAGAACAGCCCCGCUGGCGUGGCACAAGAGGAUUCAGAUGCACUUAUGUCUCCAAGAGCCACAAGCUUUACGGCAAAUCCUUUUGCAUUGGCUCUCGAAACCCCGGCUGCUAGCGCAGCCCACACGAAUCCACCUAGGCUUACAGUGCAGGAUCCUCGAAGCCCGUCACAGAAAGGGGCGAGUCCCAUAACUCGCAACAUACUUGAUGUUUUAUGAGCACAUACAGGAAGUGUAUUAGAUUAUCGCCGGAGGUCCCGCGAAAUCAUUACAGGGUUACGAUUGGGGGUCUUUGAUGUUUAAAGCAUGGCGUUGCGAGGCUUGGAGAAACAUCCGGUUGGAAAUGGAAACAAACAUGGGACGGCGUUCAUGGAGGGCCGAACAGCUUGGCACAGCUGCGACGGAGUGUGGCAAUUGCAUCAAUCGUGCAUUUUCCAGGCUACGUACGACUAUUGAUGCCCGUUGAUGUUUGGGAGGAUUUGGCGAGAGGCGGGUCUUGCGAGACCUCGCUGGAGCAGCUUUUGUACAAGUACAUAUGCAUGAAUAGGACGCUCGGUGUGACGAGUGCCUACAAUUUACGAUACUGCCUUCACUGGUCUGUGAAUUGACGAUCUCGCUUGCUCUCCAUUUCUCUUGAGGACGCGGACAGAUAAAGAGGCAGUAAGCCCGCUACUCUGAGGACGACGCUCUGAA